GAAACAAAUCUUACAUUCGACACUUGUAUCUAUUUCAUGAAAACCACCCCUUGCAUCUCUUCCUCUCUCGACGCAGGAAGGAAGAGAUAGAGGGAAACAGCUCUGUUUAUUCUUAGAUUUUCUUUUCUUCUGGUUGUGAAGUUUCAUUAGAGAUCUUUUGGGGUUUUUUUUUUCUGGUUUGCUUUAAUGGCGGACGCCAAGAUGUACGUUUCAACAGAUGAGCUCAAAAACCAUAACAAACCUGGAGAUCUGUGGAUCUCGAUACAGGGGAAGGUGUAUGAUGUCACGGAUUGGGUUAAAGAUCAUCCAGGCGGUGAGCUUCCGCUUUUAAAUCUCGCCGGUCAGGAUGUUACCGAUGCUUUUGUUGCUUAUCAUCCUGGCUCUGUUUGGAAACUUCUCGAUCGAUUCUAUGUUGGGCACUUGAAAGAUUAUCAAGUUUCUGAGGCUUCCAAGGAUUACAGAAGACUUGUUUCGGAGUUUUCUAAACUUGGUUUGUUUGAAAGAAAAGGGCAUAUUACCUUCUUUUCGCUUUGUUUUAUGGCAAUGUUGUUAGCCGUUAUCGUUUGUGGUGUCUUAUAUUCUAAGAAUGUCUGGGUUCAUCUGGCAUGCGGUGGUCUGAUGGGGUUUCUCUGGAUUCAGAGCGGAUGGAUCGGACACGAUUCUGGGCAUUACCAGAUCAUGACGGGACCUCGUCUCAACCGAUUUGCACAGAUCCUUGCAGGAAAUUGUCUUACAGGCAUUAGCAUUGGGUGGUGGAAGUGGAACCACAAUGCCCAUCACAUUGCCUGUAACAGUCUGGAUUUCGAUCCCGAUCUUCAGCACAUCCCCUUUUUUGCCGUCUCUUCAGCCUUAUUUAACUCGCUCACAUCCUGCUUCUAUGACAGGAAGAUGACUUUUGAUCCUAUCGCCAGAUUUCUGGUGAGUUACCAGCAUUGGACUUUCUACCCUGUUAUGGUCUUUGCUCGUUUUAAUCUGUUUGCCCAGUCGAUAUUUUUGUUGACGUCGAAGCGAAAUGUCCCGAAUAGAGCACAGGAGAUUAUUGGGGUCUUGGUUUUCUGGGUCUGGUACCCUCUACUUGUUUCAUACCUCCCCAAUUGGGGUGAGAUGUUGAUGUUCGUGCUUGCAGGUUUGGUCGUUACUGCAACUCAACAUCUUCAGUUUACCUUGAACCAUUUUUCAACAGAGGUAUACGUGGGCCCACCUCGUGGAAAUGACUGGUUUGAGAAGCAGACGAUGGGCACGCUCGACAUCGCUUGCCCAUCAUGGAUGGAUUGGGCUCAUGGAGGAUUGCAGUUUCAGGUUGAGCAUCACUUGUUCCCCCGCUUACCUCGGUGUCAUUUCAGGAAGAUUGCUCCCACUGUGAGGGAUCUCUGCAAGAAGCACAAUCUGCCUUACAAUAGUGUUUCAUUCUGGGAAGCUAACAAGAAGACCAUUGCGACUCUUAGCACUGCUGCGUUGCAGGCUCGGGAUCUCUCAAACCCUGUUCCUAGGAAUUUGGUCUGGGAAGCACUUAACACUCAUGGUUGAUGUUUCCCAAUUAUUGGGACCCUACUGUUGACUCCACCAAGCGCCGAGAGCGGAUCAUCCAGUGUCUAUGGAUGGAGCACCCCAGCUUAGUCAUUGCUUGCAGAUGUGGAUCAUUUUUCUUCUAUCUCGGUACUCAUAGAUUUCGAUCUUGACCCUUAUAGAUUGAGGUUUCAAAUUCCAUACAUUUGUUUUUGCAAGUUUCUUUAAUUUCUUUUUAUGUCUAUGUGCGAUGGAGAUAAAGGUUUAGUGGAGGUACUUAAUUGUAUUCAACUAUGACAGAGUUCUCUAUGAUUUUAUUAGCUUGUUUAUUUGGAUUAUAUAAUGUUUAUGUAGUUGUCUAGCCUCUGUUGGGAGAUACAACCUGUUAAGGUCAAUGGAUGUGGUAUUUGAAAUUUUGGAUCUCUUCCGAUGUUAUUAUUGUUUGAUUCAA